AUGACGUCAACUUGCUACACGGCAUUGGUGUUGCUGAUUGCUUGCGGUUCCAGCACAGCCAAUCAAAAAAGUGGGAAUACACCAGUCCUAUCACACAAGCUGUUGAACUUCCUCUACCUGUUCGACGGCUAUUUCUCUGACGUCAGGCAAAUCCAGGCCUAUGAAUCGGAAGAUGAGAUUGACCCCGAUAAACCCUACUACUCGGUGGGGAGGAUAACUCCAGUAGAGAUUCCUGCUCUAGCACCGGAAAUUACGUAUCUGUUUGAACAGCGUCUUGGGAAGAUCCUACGACGACGGGUGAUCCUUAUCAUAUGGGAGGACGACAACGAGCAGAUCUUCAUGCAACCGUACAACAUCACCACACCUCCCAACGACAUGUCCAAGCCGUUCACAGCUGCUGAGGUCAUGAAUUUGACCGCUAGUGACUUGACCACAAAAGAAGAGUGUAAGAUCCGGGUGGAUAGGGUUGAUGACGUCACAUACAAGAUUUCUUGGCCUGACUGUACUGUACAGGACCAGGAGGUGUUACCAACGUAUGAGAUGAUAGUGACCUGUGAUUCGAUAGUUGUGAUCAUUGCCAUCAGGAAAGACAUGGAGUACGAUCAAGUUCCAAUAAUUCAUAUCAGGACUGGGCCAAGGUUUCAGCCACUGCGGCUUAUGGUGGCUGGAAACUUGACAGAUCCAUGUCACAAGGGGGUCGUCCAUGACCAACGUGACACUGACGGGGGUGAGGAGUUGGGAAUUCUGUGACAACGUGUGGCAAGAGUGAGAAAAGCGAUCAUCAGAAAGUAUGCCGACACCAAAGUACAUAUUGACU